CUGACGGUCGCCUUGGUUACAACCCGGAAGUAGCGUCAGCAUGAAAACAUCUCCGGACUGAAGCUAGAAGUGUUUUUAUUCUUCGUCACAGAAGAAGAGGCAGAAGAAAGAUGAGCGGGAGCAGUGAUGAGAUCAAACCAGUCAGCUGCACCAUCAAACCCCCCGUUUACCUGCACAUCGGAGACACAAAGACAGACCCCGCCCACUCCGGCGUCUGUGUGGUCGACGUCACCCUACCCUUUGGAAAGCCCGUCAACGUGGAGGAGAUCACCUUUAAGAACUACUACACCGCCUACCUGACUGUGCGUCUGCUGAGGAGGGGCCCCGGGCAGGAGGCCCCCGCUAAGUGGUUCACGGCCCUCAGAGACCUGCCCCUCAUGGACAACCCCCAUACGGAGAGGGGGUCCCAGGACUACUACUCUGUCCACAGGACGCAGAUGCAGGUGGAUCCGGAUCAGGUGCUGUCAGUGAGACUGAUCCUCAGACAGCCGUCGUCGGCCUGGCUCGCCUUCAGUCUGGAGGAGAUCAGGAUCUUUCCUCACACGGAGCCGGACCCAGAGAAGGAGGUCUCUGAUUGGCUGUCGGACCUGACCCUGGGUGACCAACAUCCUGAUCUGGAGCAGGGCCUCCCCGACCCUCACACCGUGUCCUCCAGUCUGCAGCAGAUGUGGGCUCUGACCGAAGUGAUGCAGAGCAACCAGACCACAGCCUCCAUCGGACGCUUUGACGUGGACGGAUGUUAUGACAUCGACCUGCUCUCACUGACGUAGAUGGCGUUUGAUUCCUGACGGCGAGAUGAUCCUUUAAAGCUUCUUCAUUAAAGAUUAAUAAAAUCUAUCGUCUGCUCUGUGACCACGCAGAAGUCUCCGAGCCAAUCAGACGUGAGCCACAUGUUCAUGUGAUGUUCAGAACAUCUCUUAUUUAUUUGUUUAGAGUUAACCGUCCAUCAGGAGUCUGAGAGGUUAUUAUGAUGUUACAAUCUCCUCCACAUAUUAUUAUAUAAAACACUGUAAAUAAAUAUAUAUGUGUACUGUAAACAGUCUGAGUGUACGGUGGCCCUGAAGGUCUGCUGAUAAAGUAUUUAAAGAAACAUAAAAAAUGUCUUUUAUUCAUUGUGAAACUUUCUGUUACGUUCCCUUUUCUUUGCUUUUUAUUUCAUAUUUCAGUUUGAGGGAAUAUUUGUGUUUACAGUAAAAUAUUUGUUUAUAUUUUUGCAUCUUUUUAAAAAUGUUUUUAUAAGUGAAAUGAGUUUUGCAGUUGACCUUCUGGGCCACCGUAGCGUCAGUAUUUAUGAUUGAGAGUUGUUGUUGAUCAGUCUGUCACAUUAAAUCUGUUUGAAUCAAA